AACGUAUCAAGGCUGGGUCGUUAUAAAUAUAAAUAUUGGUUUUGAACAAAAUUGCAGAAAAUAAGAUGUUUAUCAAUAGGGUUUAUGCUCUUGCUGUUUGUGGGUUGGCUGUAACGACCUUCCACUGCAAUUUCAUUACCUAAUUAGAUUGAAACCAAAUUUUAAUUGUUGGCUUUUCGGGUCGAAACUUUCUAUGAAUUAUAAGUUUGAAGUGGGGAACUCCGAAUUUUGAGCCAAUUUAGCGAAUAGCCACUAUAUUUAUGGGGCAUAAAAAAAUAAAACUUUAUGAUCAAGCGGCGGCCGUUUGACGUCAGAAUCGGUUUGUCUGUCUGUCAGAUUGUGCCUAUUAUACAUACGGAUAGUGAAUAUAUGUAUGUAUAUGUGUUUGCUUCGGUGCUCGUGCUCUCUUUCUUUUUUCUUCUUUCUUUCUCCUUUCUCCGCUACCCAGCCACUACAUCCACCCACCGCAGAAAAUAAAGACGGCAUGUGGUGACCCAAAUCGUUCGUGUGACUUUUUCCAUUUGCGCUCGUUUUGUUUAAUUCAAUUUGUGUGCAAAUUAAAUGCUGUUACUAAACUAAUACGAGAAAUAAAUCAUAUUUCAGCAACCAGCGUCUUUCUCUGUGUUUUUUUCGGUUUAAUUUUUGAGCAACAUGUGGCGACGCCCGAAAAAAAAGUAGUUUUCAUUAAUAUUGCCUACUCACACUUUUACCACCCAGUGUAUAUAUUUGGCUAUAUGCGUGCUCCAGAUUUUCUAGGUGUCUACUAAAAAUACCUUGUAGGCGUUUUCCGCUUCUUCUGUAUUCAUUAGUAUCGCUGAUUAGCCCAAAAAAAGAACUGAAGGAACUUGGCCAGUGAAAGAGUUCUUUUAGACAUUUUUAUCAGCUGCUAGGCAGUCUGAGUCGAAUCCUUCAAAAUUUCGAAUCCAAAAUGAAGUCAUUUCUAGCGUAUAUCGCACUUAUGAUAUUCCUCCGGAUAACGUGUGCCCGCUCGAUGAGCUUUGACCUACCCAUGUAUGGAUUCGACACUUAUCUGGACAACACCAGCGAUGACAUGCUCCCGGAUGAGGCUAAAUGCGAUCCGAAGAUCAGCGUUCCGGUUACAAUGGAGCCCCCGUCCAGCAUGAGAUCGACCUGCCACCUCAGUUCAUCAACGAGUGAUAGUUAUUGCGGUAAUAAUGAGAUGAUCAACACCAACAUGAAGGCCACCCACAUAGCCCAGAAGGCCGCCGAAGAGGCCAGGGCUGCCAAUAAUGCCCAGGCGGAGGCGGCCCAGAAUGCCUCGCGUAGGGUGAAAAUGAAAUUGGCUAAAAAGGCGAAGGCCGCCUCUUCUGCCGCCAAUGCCGUUUUGGAAGGAAAACAAAACAUUGUGGACCAGUACGAAAGGGAAAUGCAGGAUGCCGAAGAGGUUGUGAUACGGGUGACCAAUGCCCUGGAGUCCAGUGAAGAGGAUGCGGGAUGCGCUUGUGCAGCGGUAAAGGCGGCUGAGGCUCAAGCCGCCUCUUUCAGCGCCCUGGUGAAUAGCACAAAGGGCACUUUGGCGGACAUUGAGCAACUGAUCGAGCAGGCCCACAAAGACCUUGAUGAGAAAAUCCAAAUGUUGGCAGCGGCCAAGGCGCGUGGUGAGCGAUUGGCCCGCCAGGUGGCGCAGGCCAAAGUGGAAUACGAGCAGGUGAGGGAGUCGGCCUGUCGAGCGGCUAACGACGCCGCUGAGGCCAAGCAAAAGGCUGCUGCAAGCAAUUGCGUGCCUCCACCCACAACACCUCCUCCGAGGGCGGCGGGAUGUGGCGGUGCCUUCGGCUCCGAUAGAGCCAGCUACAACGUCCUCUUGGAUCUCUACAGACAGCGACGUCGGGAUAAACAGCGAAAGCGGAGCGGGAAGCUCCCCCGACGGGGGUCUCGUGGUCAAGGAUAAAUUAUGUACAAGGGUUUCGAUGAACACUCUAUAUUCUGAUACGGAUAACCUAUUUCCGUUUAAAUUUUGUUAAUUGUUCGUCAUUUACUAAAAAGGCUUAAGAUCAUAAUUUUGUAUGUGAAGAUUAUUUUUUUUUAGCGGUUCCUAAAUCCAUUUUUCAAACUGCGCUUUAGCAAGGUUUACAGGAUAUCUCCCACGAUCUAAUACGGGUUUUUAAAAACAUCUAACGUUAUAUUUUCUAUACUUAAGGAGUUUUUCAAUCGCAUUCAUAUUUAAAGGAUCAGAGAGGAUCACAUUCCCGUUCAAAUGCCUUCUUUAUUUUGAUAAAGAUUCAAAAGUAUACGUUCUGAUUUUAUAAUGCUUGCAGAUUAUAUUUUCUUUUUUUGCAAAUGCUAUAGAUAAUGUAAUCUAAUUUUAAAAUGCCUUCAGAUUACAUCAGGUUUGCAGUACACUUCAACGUUCUAAAUGUUAAUUGUUUCAGCUUGUUUGUUGUACAAAGUACAAAACAAUAUUUUUGUUAGAUUUUGUAUGCCAAUGGUUAUCACAGUGAAAGCCAAAAACAUGAAUAUCCAAGUACUUCAAGGUUCUUCAAUCCGAGUGACCACUGCGACUGCUUGAAUAUGCAAUUGUUUACCAACAAAUUCGCUUUGCAGUGCCGUAAUUCUUUUUAAAUAAACAAUAACAAUGGGGGAAAUGUUGUUGUUGGGCGAAUGGAAUAGACAAAGGAAAACGAGUGCAAGGCCAAAAAUUAAACGAAGCACGAUCACAAAGAGGAGAAAGAAAAGAGCAGGAGGAGUUGGAGAGUGGAAAACUCAUCCCUUUCCGGUCAAAACCAAAAAAAAAACAUCUGCCUAUGCAGCGCGUCCAGCUGUUUGGGGUUUUUAUUUUUUUUUUGUUCGUUUGUUUUUUGACGAAAAAUAUGUGCGGUUGGUUAAAGUGCAACGGCAGCAGUGUUGCCACCUUUUGCGGCGCUGUUGCGUUGUUGUUGUUUUUAUUGCUAUUUGGCGUCGCUUCUUGAAACUCGAAACGGAAGAGAAAAGAGCUACAAAAGAGAGAAAUAGAGAGGGCGCGCGCAUUUCGUAGCAAGAAAGAGAGCGAAAAAAAGAGCAAAUCUAUCGAAUUAGACUAAAUUGAAAUAUAAUUUUUAAAUCGCCAAUUAACACUUUUAGCAUAUUUAAUUAUUAAAUUACAAUAAUGAAAAAGAACAAUAAAAAGGAUACUUUUAAUUAAAUAAAAACAUGAAUCAUAGUUUUAAAACCUCAAUUUACAAUAUAACAAAACAUAGCCUAAAACUUAUAAAUUGUUUUGUCCAGAUCUCAACUUCGCUAUAUGUAUAUAAAUUGCUCAUAUUUUUUCCUAAAACGAACUGUAUCAUUAGAUUAAUGAACUGCUAAUAAAAGUUAAAGAAAACUAGAACUAAUUCAUUUAAAAAGACUUUCUCAAUAUACUUUGGGAUAACAUUGAAUCAUCAGGGUAAAUGCUAUUUCUUUGUGUUAAAAACCAUUUUCUUUUAUAUACCCUUAUAAAAAACAGUACAAAUAAAUUCUUGAAAGACGUUUGUUUGCAAAAGCAAUGGCGCAGCUUUAAAAUUAAUUUAUAUCUUUUUUACGCUUGAUUUAUAUUAUGAAAACAAAAAAUUAAUUAAAUUAAUCCAUGUACAAAAUCCAAUUGGACUUUAACAUGCCGGUUGGUCCAACUGAAUUACCUUUGGGCGCCUAACAGCAACACUGUUAGCAACAGCACGCUGUUAAUGUUCGACGCUUGAUUUUCGACUCUCUUCUCUUUUUUCAACCUAACCAAACAGAAAAACAGAAGCAUAAAAAAAGGCU